UUCUCCUCCCCUCUUUCCUCCCUCCCUCCCUCCCUCCUUCAUCCCCGGUCCUCCUCCUGUGUGCCGGCUGAGCUGAGCAGUCAGUAGUGGGACUGACUGAGGCGAAGGAAGGAGAGAGGAAAAAGCAGGAAUAGAGAGACUGAGAACAGAACAGAGAAAAUAGAUAAUUAUUCAACAAACCAGAGAGAGAGAGAGAGAGAGAGAGAGAGAGAGAGAGAGAGAGAGAGAGGCUGCUGAAUGAAUAACAAGGACGGGAUUACAAAGACUGAAAAAGAAGAAGAACAGCCGACGAAAGACUCUCUCUCUGUCUCUUUCUCUGACCCCCCCUUCUAUCCUUCCUUUCACCCAACUCUUUCUCUCCCUGCUGGCGGGAUGGCAUGAGCACACAGCCACCCAUCCUCCUCAGCUUGUGUCUCUCCGUCCUCCUGGUUUUCUCUCUUUUCUCUUUCUCUCCUCCUCUGAUCUCUCCGUCUCUUUUGGUCCACACGGGGGGUCAGUGCAGAGGGUUAAGGAGGAGGGGAGGGAGGUAGACAGAGGAGCUGCUGACCCCUCUUCCCUCCUUGCAACCCCAAAAGGCCCAGAAAAGGGAGAGAGAGAGAGCUCGUGCUGGGGGAGGGAGACUCUGAUGAAUUUACACCCCACAACAAGCUCCUGAACCCGGCAGCCCCCAGACCCCCCCAAAUCCUCCCUCCCUGCCUGCCCCUCCCCAGGACCAUGUUUGGAUUAAAUGCUCCUCACUUCUACCAUCCAGGUAUGAACCAUGAGUCCAAUAAAUCACCAUCAUUAGGAAUGAUCUCCACAGCAACGCGAACCACGGCCACCGUCAGUCCCCUCAGCCCUCUAACCAAUGGGAACACAGUUGCCCAGUCUUCAAACUCCGGAUUUGCUGCCGCCCUGCGUAAACUGGCCAAACAGGCAGAGGAUCCCAGAGGUGCUGCCCUCAGCGGCGACUCGUCUCCUGUCUCCUCUCCAGGCACCAGCCACACCUCACCGGUCACCACCCCUAAGCGAGGCUCGUUAGGGCCCCUCCUGGGCCAAGCCAGAGGCCACGGUGUCCCAGGCACCCCUCCGGUAGUCACCAUUGCCCCGACGAAGACCACCAACGGCCUGUGGCGGUCCGACAGACGACAGGCUGAGCCUAGUGUUCAGGGCCUCGGCAGGGAUCGAGUGUGUGCUGAGAACACCCAGCAGCAACAGCAGGGUAAAAGAACUCCUCCCACCCAUUCACCACACCCUCUGGCUCACCCAUUUGGCCUCACCCCGAGCGCCGUCAUGCAAGACCCGAGAUUACAGAGCCUCAGCUUACCUGGACAGAUGCACCCCGUGGUUCCCUCGGGUGCAGUCCCGGAGGAGUACCUGAGAGCGCUCCGGCCGUUCCACACCUCCGAUGACCUCCGCCUCGCUUCCCUCCCCAUGGGUUUAGACCCUGCUGCUGCUGCCCAUGCCGCCGCCGCCGCUUACUAUCACCCUGCCUACAUGCACCAUCCGCUGUCCUUACCGAGGAUGGAGGAGUCUCUGUGUCUUUCUGCGCUGCGGUCACAGUUCUACUCUGUGCCUGCAGGGGGCGCCUUCUCCCAUCUCCAUCCCUCUGCCCUCCACCUGCACCUGCCUGGAGGCCGCUACCCCGGAGAACUGAACCACACGGCACUGACAGAGAGGCUACAGAUGGAGAAUGAGCUCCGCCAGCGAGAGAGACAGCAAGAGCGCGAGCGAGAGAAAGAAAGGGAGCGCGAGGCAGGGCUGGAGCGAGAGAGGGAGGAGGAGAGGGGGAGAGAGAGAGAGAGGGAGAGAGAGAGGGAGCUGGACAGACAGAGGGAGAGACAGAGGGAGAGACAGCAGCAGAUGGUCCGAGCGGCAGAGAGCCACUACCUGGCUGAGCUUCAGGCUCGGAGGGCACCACCGGAGGACAAGACCCGACCAGGGGAGAGGCUGACCCCGAACAGACUGGAUAAAACCAAGGACUCGGAGCACCCGGGUUUCCCAGCGCACAAAUCUCUGUCUCUGCAGCCCGGCCUUCACUCCUCCAGGGGCUCAGUCCCGCACCCGGUGCCCAGCCUGGUGCCCUCUCACCUGGGGAAGCAUCACGCCUCGGCUUCGGGGGGGAUCCACGGGGCUCUGGCAGCUGCCAUGAUGACUCAGAGGUCCAACGAGGCAGCUUGGUUGACACGACAACGAGGGCAGGAGAGGGAGGGUCCGCUGGAGAUGGGCCUCAGGUCCCCUGGGAAAGGGGCGGAGCCAAGGAGAGACACUCACAGAACCGGUUCACUUCAUCACAACCAAGGCAGCAAAGAUGUCCCUCCCCUCCUCAGCGCUCCCCCUCCCCUAAUCUCCCCCAAAGGUCCCCAUCACCCCCCCGCCCCUCUUACUACACUGUGGAACCCCGCCUCCCUCGUCGACACUCCCACAGAGUCCCGCAGAACACUCAACCCUCCGACCCCGCCGAGUCGGCCUCCUCCGGGGCUGACCAGGGCCGAGAGACCCCCCCUGAGCUGGGGGGAGAAGCUUGAGGAAGGAGGCAGGAGGGGUGCCGACGGCGGGGACAGGUUCACCUCACUCAGGGGAGCCAGUUUACAAGAGACUGGUUCCUGGAAGAGGGCGGAGCAGGACAGAGCCAUGCAGAGCCUCUAUCAGCGGCAUCACAUCAGUAACCUCCACCAGAGAGCCUGCGCGCCUUCUUCUGUUCACGGCUCCUGCACCGACCGCGCAGCCUCUCCAUCUCCGGCGAGGGAGCGACAGUGUCAGCCGCCCGACAGCAUGCUGGUGUACGACGAGGUCCUCCAGCAGCACCGCCGGCUGCUUAGCAAACUGGACCUGGAGGAGAAGAGGAGGAGGGAGGCCAGAGAGGGAGGUUAUUACUAUGACCUGGACGAGUCGUAUGACGAGAGCGAUGAAGAGGAUGUCAAAGCUCAUUUGAGAAGAGUGACUAAACAGCCGCCGCUCAAACUGGACACCAGCUCCCAGAAAGUGGAUUUCCUGAGUUUGUGUGGCCUGACCACUCUCACCCAUCGUGAUGAGCUUCUGGCCAAGAAGAGGAGGAAGAGGAGGAGGAUGAUGAGAGAACGCAGCACCUCCCCGCCAGCUGUGCGGGGAAAGAGGAAAGCCUCUUCACCUUCAACGACUCCAACACCCAUAACCACCCCGUACUCUGCCGAGCAGAUGGACAGCACCCCUGAACUGGAGGAGAAGAAGGAUUUCCUCCUCAUGUUCGACCUCACCCAUGUCAGCCCGAAGCAGAGGAGAGAUAAGGAGAGGACAGAGGAGCUGCUGAAGGCCAUUCAGAGGAAAACUGUGACGUUAGACACCCUCAGAUAUAAUCCCCUACCUCUGAGUAGCAGCCCUCCUGUUCCCUCAGCUGGUGACUCUUCCUCAGCCACUCCGCCAUGUCAAUCAAACGGUCAUCAAUAUCCAGACUCUCCCAGCCCGUCUCCCCCCUACCUCCACAAACCUCGGCACCUCUUCCACAAAGACACUUCUAAACCCUCAACGGACCCCCACAUUACUCGCAUCCCUCCCCCGUUGACCCUCCGUCAGGAAAAGGCUGAGUUCACCGAGGCUCAGCCGAACAAGAAGCUCCAGGGCAUUCAGAACGGAGUCGUCGCUUCUCCUCAGAAAAAGGAGCUCGAUCCUGUUCAGAACGGACGCGGUCGGCCCUCCGAGAGGUUCACACCCGAGACCUUCGCUCAGCACUUCCACCAGGCCGUGCUGCAAUCCACAAACAGCACACUGCACAACAAAGGAUUUUCCAACAGGGUCCCUGAAGCCGGCAUAAAGGCCGACCGCUCAGUGCCUCUCCACAUUUCUCAGCUGGAAAACUCAAAUCAUAACCACGUCCCUCACCGGGCACAAAUCAACGGACAUCCCUUCAAUUUCCCCGCAGCCAGCAGGGAUCCUCCAGGAGCAGAGGCAAACAUGCUUGAUGACGAGGAGGAGGAGGAGGAAGAGGAGUCUGACCAGGAGGAGGAAGAUGGAGAGGAGGAGAUGGAAGAAACUCCAAGAAAGUGGCGGGGCAUUGAAGCUAUUUUUGAGGCCUACCAGGAGCAUGCUGAUGAAUGGAGUAUAGAGAGAAAUGUUCUUCACGGUCAGUGUAAAAGACUUGAAGCACAGAAUUUCAACUUGACCAGAACUGCAGAGCAGCUCUCUCUCACUAUGGGGGAUCUGGUGAGUCAGAGGCAGAGAGUGAGAGAGGAGAGGGAGAGACUGCAGGCCCAGCUCGAGCACUUCAGGAGGUGUCUAACACUACCCAACAUCCACUGGGGCAGGGGGCAGGUCAACGGGCACACACCCAGGUGACCUCUGAUGCCGGCUCUCUGACAGAUCUGCAUCUGAACAGAAAAACAAAGAUGGACUGGAAACUAGCCAACUGUCUGCACUUGAAGGAGCUAGUCCUGGUCUUGGUACACUUCUGGCUAACAGGUUAUGUAACCUCGACUGGUUCCAGAUUCAAUAGAUUAGCUGCAAUGUUAGCCGUCACAAACGCUAGCCUGCGGGUCAACAUCAAGUCCGGGCAUUCUCUCUCUCAUUCUGCCCGGGGAAUUGUUACAACACUGUGUCGGUAAAAGAUCAUCUUUGUCAGAGUGACGCAGUCCCAGAGUUGUCUUUUAGGUCUUUUAUCGACCUUUGCAUAAACUCUUCUGAUUCAAAUCAUUGACUGUAUAUGAAGAUGGAUGACAAGUGUCCACCUCCUCCCAUUGUACAAAUAUGAAGCCAAAAUACUCUCUGCGACGGGCGUUGACAUUUUACACAGGGGACAUCAUUUGGAGCCGGAGUAUUGACCCCUUCUGCUAACAAAAACACACAUUUAACUCAGAUCCCUUUGGUCGCUACAGUCCACAGCAAAACCGAUUCUUGCGUCGGUUUAAAGCAGAAACUUGCUGUUAUAGAAAGUCGAAUGACUCUAAUGUGUUAGUAAUUUAUUUUCUCUCACAGUUUUCUUCUUCCGCUCUGCUAACCCAGCGCACAACAUCUCAGGAGUCGCAUUUGUCAACUUGUCUGCCAAUCAUGGCUUCAUGCUCCCUGUUUAGAAUCAAAUCAGGAAUAAAAAAGUAGAGAACACUUGGGACAUAAACCAGCAUGAUCGAAUCUUACUAUCUGAGGUGGGCACAGUUAAUCAAAUAUUUAACUUUGUUAAUCGUCUGUUUACAAAGAUGUUAACUUUGACAGCAAUGAAUCGGUUAAUUUCGUUGAUAAUGAACUGCGAUUAACGUUAACCCGUAUUGUUAAAAAAAAACAUCGGCUGUUUGCAAUGUCCAUGGAUUUGAUAAGAUUCUUUAACCGUUCUUCAAAAAAAACCAUCCAUGUUAAAAAAAUAAUUUAAAAUAAUAAAUGUAGUUAAUUUGCUAUAAUAACAGAUUAACAGACGUGUGCCCAGCUCAGCUAACUGUUAUGACGGACACCAUGUUUGACAGGUUUUUAUUUGAUGUGUACUUUAAGUUUAAAGUCUUUAUAUGUGAUUUUUCACACUUAAAUGUAGAAAUCAAGUAUCUCCUCUGAAAAUAACUCUGUGAGUCAUGACUGUCUACAAUGGGUGUAACACCCGAGUCCCACUGUCUGUGAUGUUUUCAGAGUUUUCAGAGUCCUAUCUUCACUUUGUUUACAUCGCCCGGACGGCCGGCUGACUCCUCCCCUCGUGUAUAAAAGUUGUUUAAUUGAGGGACUAGAGAAAAGAAGAAUAACAUACUGUACUCACUGCUUAACUGUGUUUCUAGAUCACGCUCAUUUCAGGUAAAUUUACAUGCAGUGUGAAGAUACGAGCAGAAUAAAGAUCGCUAGCAUAAAAAAAAUUAAAAUCACAUAUAAAGCCUUUUAAGUUUGACCCACGUCCCAUCUGCUAACAUGGAGGAGGCGGAGCUUAUGACCUGUGUACCACACCCAUUUAAUAGGGGGAGCUUCCAACUUUAUGGCUUCACUUGUGUGGAGCUGUAUGUGUUGACCAUCUUUCUAUACAGUCUAUGAUCUGAACUGGUUAGAUGCAUCAUUCUCUGUGCAGCAGUGAGCAGAGACCGAACGUGCAGCAGUAACACUCGGUUUAAAUUGAGUCAAGGAAUUAAAGCACACCUCAGGCCUUAAACUUGAUAGGAUGCACUUGAAAUUAAUUUGGAGGAAAUACUUGACUGUCAUCUGUGUUAAUGUGUAUAAUGUAGUUUUUCUGAGCCCUGUGUCACAGAUGAAGCCGUCUGUUUGCAGGUAAAGGAUA